GGCACCGAGUCACCAGGCACGACAGCGGGCUCUGAGUCAACUGGCACAACAGCGGGCAUCGGGUCACCAGGUAUGACAGUGGGCACCGGGUCAUCUGGCUCGACAGCGAGCAUUGAGUCACCAGGUAUGACAGCGGGCACUGGGUCAUCAGACAUUGGAUCGUCUGGCUCAACAGCGGGCAUCGGGUCACCAGGCAUGACAGCGGGCACUGGGUCACCAGGCAUUGGAUCGUCUGGCUCGACAGCGGGCACUGAGUCAUCUGGCAAGACAGUGGGCAUCGGGUCACCAGGCAUGACAGCGGGCACUGGGUCAUCAGGCAUUGGAUCG